AUGGCUCCCAGUCUCACUCAUGUCAGCACUAGCAUUUACAGAGGCCUUGCCAUUGGCGUGCUUGUCUCAUGGACUCUCACCUCGCUCGGCUAUACCGCCCUUGCUGCCCUUAACACCAACAGCACUUACUUCGAGAUCAUCGCUUGCACCACCAUGUUCACCUUCCUCAUGUGCCGCCUCCUGGUCGCCUGGAACCCGUCUUCUAAAUCUGAAAAUGGCACCAUCGCUCAGCUGAUUGCUUUCGCGGACUCCGGAUCUCGCCGGGGGGCUCUUGUCCUUUUCUCGCUGUGCUGCACAUGGCUCUAUGAGUUACUCAAUCAGGCGUUGGUGUUGUUCUUCAUGACGGUCUUCGGGGGUGUUAUCGCGACGGCCAUAUACAAUGAUGCAUUUACGGACGGUGUACAUGAGACUGAAACCCAGAACGGAAGCACGACAUCCCUCUCUGUCCAUGUUAAGGAGUUCAAUAAAAGGGUCGGGUUUGAUCCGACGGAGAUCUUCAAGAUGAUUCCCCCGCGAGUGUUGCUUUGUUUUGUUGGACUGAUGUGGUUGAACUUUUUGAGCUUGGGAGUUUAUGUUCUGGGUCAUGCGGUAGCGUCGUUGAUGAAAUUGUUAACUUCGCCUACGUCUACGGCUACUGCGACGGAGUCGACGGUUGAUAAAGCAGUAUCUAUGGAUGCAAGCAAAUAG